CCUUUUCUGUCUUUUUGGUAUUGAAACACUGGCACUAUUGACAGCCCUAAUGCAGUCAGUUAUGCUACAGAAUGUGUGGGGAUCCUGGAUCAGCUGAGACGAUUGAUGGUGUUAGUCUUGAUUUUAAAGCAUUCAGACACCUUCCUUCUGACUUUCCCAUGUCGCGAGAGAAGCCUGGUCUCCUUCAAGUCCGUGAUGCUGUGCAUCAGUUAAUCUUUACUGCAAGCCUCUCUUAACGUCAUCAUAUUUCAUUCUUUCAAAGCAGAUAGGCCUAUGUAUAAAUAGAUUUCAGAGAAAAAAGCAUAUGCUUUUACUGAAGGAGAAACGGUCUAGAAACAUGAUCAAACUCUUGGAAAUCAGAAUCUCAUCUUCACGUGUCUUCAGUAGUCAUGAUGUAGUUAGUUUGAAGACUGUGAAGCCUCACAGGAUCAUCCGUAUCCCAGACUCCAGUUAAGCGCGACUCAUGUCUCAUUCUGAUCCCACAGACCACUGCCAUUCUCCAUCUAUAGCUUCACAAGCCAGCGCUAGUCUUGCUAUGGAUUCAGUGGGACAUAAGGACCCGGCAGCAUUCGACCCCAAUGUGCUGAGCCAGUCAGACGACGACUUCAUGUUCGAAACGAAAAAGAGUCCAUUCCAGGCGUUUCCCCCCAUGAGCGACGGCUUCGGCGAGACCACUGCUGCCAGGAGAUCAGUGGAGGUGUCAGAGAGUCCGUCUCCAGACCUGGUGCAGGACGCGUAUGAUGAAGCUCAUGCGCAGUCAGAGGAGCUCGAACAGGACACUGAUGCUGACGCACCCGUCUCCCUUUCACAUGCGCCGUCCCACCUUUUCUCAGAAAUCAACACGACGUCUGAUGACCGACCGACGUCUCUCCCAGAUAUUCUCAAGUCGUCUCCGCUGAACCCUGACAAACUGGACUCGGGCUCAUCAGAAGAAAGCCCUGAUUUCAGCCCGGUUCACAGAAGUAUGGAUGAUUCCCCAAAUUCCCCAUUCCCUGUUAACAGUCCGAUUGGAUUUGACUCCAAGAUCUUACUGCUGAAGGAGAUGACCGAGGAGACGGAGGCCAGAGCUGUGGAGAAGGCCAAACUGGAAGCAGAGCAAAGUUUCGCCGCUUUCGAUCUUGUAAAAGAGACAAACGUGCCUCCGAAGAGCGACGGCCUUCUGAAGGACAAAGAGGAUGCUGAGGUGUUCAGCCAGACUGCAGUUCAGACGUCUGACAGAUUUGAGUGUCUCAGCUUCCCCAGCGGAACGUCUCGAGAACCGUCUGAUUCCGAGAGUCAAUCUGCAGAUUCCUUCUCCCCGGUGCUGGACGCAGUCACACAGGAUCCAUCGAGCUUCAGCGUGGAGCAGGAGCGGCGAGCCAUCCAGGGGGCGAUGGAAGCCGCUGAGGAGGUGUCCGAGCAGGAGGUCUCAUCUGAAGAGUUCGAGUUUGUGGAGCGGCCACCGCGAGGAGCCUCUGAGGAGUUUCUGGAAAUGCAGGACAGCCUGGCAUUCAUUAAACCGUCAGAAAUGCUGCAGGAUGAGGACAGAUCUCCUAAACUCGAGCCUCAGGAGGCUGCAGAUCACAUGCCUGCAACCGAAGACGCAGAAAAUCAAAGCUCUUACCAUCUCCUCACCCAGGCGUCAGACAAACCUUCUCCUGCGAGAGGUAAAGCAGGCCUGGAAUCUGAUUUGCAGGAAAUUUGCCCAGCUCCUGUAAUCCAUCCUCCAGUGGAUAAGACCGGAGCCGAGGAGGAGGAAGCUGAAGUGGGCAGCAUGUGUGAUCUAAGCGCAGCAGCAGUGCUGGAGCUGCUGUACUGGCGGGACGUGAGGUCCAGCGGGCUGCUGUUCGGCUGCAGCCUCUUCCUCCUGCUCUCCCUCCUCAGCUGCAGCAUCAUCAGUGUGCUGUCCUACUCCACACUGGCUCUGCUGUCCGUCACCGUCUCCUUCAGGACAUACAGGGGAGUCCUGCAGGCCGUCCAGAAAUCUGAUGAGGGACAUCCAUUCAAACAGUACCUGGAAAAGGAUGUAGCUUUGUCUAAAGAUGUGGUGCAGAGACACAGUGAUGCCGUUCUGAGUCGGAUCGACGGCGUGUUGAAGGAGCUGCGGCGGCUGUUUCUGGUGGAGGACCUGAUCGACUCGCUGAAGUUCGCAGUGUUUCUGUGGGUCCUCACGUAUGUCGGUGCCUGGUUUAACGGACUCACGCUGCUUAUUCUCGGUCUGAUUGGAGCUUUCAGCGGCCCAGUAGUCUAUGAGAAACACCAGACUCCGAUUGAUCAGUUCAUUUCCACACUGAAGAGCCGGGUGAAGGAUGUCAUGGGCCAGAUUCAGGCCAGGGUUCCUGGAGCGAAGAAGAAGUCUGAGUGAGUCUGGAGCGGCUCUGAUCUCCACUCCUCAUCUUCUGCUCUAACUCUGUCUCUGUCUCUGUCUGUUUUCUUCACUCUUCGGUUCGUUCAUAUGACCACAUCUUCAUGAAGUUGCUCCAACACUGAUUGUGAAACACUGGUUGCAGAAUAAAUGAAAUAUUUUGUUUAAUGUGAGGCUUUCAGAAAAUGAAAUGCACUGCAAGGCUGCUUUCUUUUUAAUGAGGGAAGUUGAAGGGUGCCAGUUUUGGCUUUUCGUGGUGUUUUAGUUCAUAUGACUGUGAUUUUACUUGAUUGAUCUUAGCAACUUUUCUAGACCAGAGUAGAUAUCAAGACAUCUGAGCUCACCUGCAGGAUAAUCUCUGGAUGAACAUGUUUACACGAAGCUUCCUCAACAGAAGUUAUUGUAUUUAAAUCUAUUUAUCUCUGGACCGAUUCCUAAAGAGAGCAGCGUUUGCCAUGCCAAUAACUGAAUGAAACACGUCCCGCUGUCUGAGCUCUGUGAAUGCAUUUUGAGAUGUUAAUGAGAAUUAAUAAAGCUUCUAGCUCGAUCAGUGACCUGCUUGAGAUUAUUGGAGCUUGUCUGAAAUGAAGGAAAUUCAAGCACAUGAUCUGCUGUUCAGCAUUAUUGCAGUCAUGCGUUUCACCAGUGUUAUUAUACUGAC